AUAAACCGAGACGUAAAUAACAGUCGAUGCGGCGAUUUGUUUUUUUAUCGCGUCUGGCGGAUUCGAAAUACUAAUAAGAUAAUACAAGCCAAAUUUGAUAAUAAGAGUAGACAAAAGAUCUCGUAUCAGUUGACGCGAUGCCAAAAAAGAUGGGAAUCAAUUCCAAAGCCGUGGAGGCCCGAGAACGUAAGGCUGAAGCCAAAAAAAUAGCAAAUGACAAGGCUGCAAAAGCAGCCGAAGACGCUCUCUGGGCCGACGAGGACAAACAGCUGGCAAAAAAGAAAAAACAAAAGGAAGACGAGGAACGCAAAAGAUUGGAACAAGCCCGCAAGAAAGCAGAAAAUAAAGCUAUACUGGAGAAAGAGAUUGAUUCUAUAAAGGUUGCUCCGAAAGUCUCUGUUCAAAAAGUGACCCGCUCUCAAAUUGAGGCCGAAGUGGAAAAGCGCAAUCGUGCUAUUGAAUCAGUGAACAAUCCUCCAAAGGUAACAACUCCAAAGGUGGUUCCACUUGAGGAGAAUCUCAAUCGUGUGAUGGCAGAUACUGAAGUUGCGCAAACUAUCGAUCAAGCUCUGGCAGUACUUAGCGUUAAGGAUGGUGAGGAUCGGCACCCCGAAAAACGAAUGAAGGCUGCGUUCAAGGCAUACGAGGAGGAACAAUUGCCUAUUCUAAAACAGGAAUACCCUUCGAUGAAGCUUUCGCAACUGAAACAGAUGAUAUUUAAAGACUGGCAAAAAGCACCGCAAAAUCCAAUGAACCAGAAAGCGUAGAUUGAUUAAAUCCACGUUUACUAAGUCAAUGUCGGAUGAUAUGGAUCGAAAUUUCAGCAGUAAUAUUGUGUCCACAAGAGUACUAAAAAUCAUAAUAAAACAUGCUUGAUUCAUUGAUUUGCAUCAUUUCAA